GAAAAUUCCACCCUCAGAUGGAAAAAGUUGAAGUUUCAUGAAUUAGCCAGCGACAGACGGCACAUUCUUGAAAGCCCUGCUGAGAAUCGAGUCCUUCUUUUCUUGUUCCCUGCAGAGUUAUUUUUCUUCAAAUGGAAAGCUACAAUUUCCUUUAUGUGAACACCUUGGUGCAAGAUUACCUGAAAUACAUUUGUCAAGAGGCUCAGCUGGCAGCGGCCCCAAACAAAGUGGCUGAAGUCCUUCGUAAAGCCGGAUCUUCUGCUCAGAAAGAAGUUGAAGGCAACCUGAGGCCUUACGUGGACUCACUGGGGAUUCAUUCCAUAGAAGAAGCUGGCAACAUUUUCCAUCAAGUGAUGGAAAAUGAAUUUGCGGAUGGGAAAAUUAACUGGGGACGCAUUCUGACGAUAUUCCUAUUCGGUGGAAUCCUGGCCAAAAAACUCCAAGGACCUUUGGCAAAAGAAAACUUGAAACAGAUCUCCUAUUUCAUCACAGACUAUAUUGUGAGCACCAAAGGAAAGUGGAUCAGUGAGAAUGGAGGAUGGGACAAUGGCUUUAUAACAAAAUUUGAGGAUAGAAACUCCUGGGUAUCCUUAUCUACUCUGAAGACAAAGAUCUUGGCUGUUUUUUCAAUCUUCAAUCAAUAUCACUCAUAAACCUGGUCAAAGCUUUUCUUGAGGAUGCUACCCUGGGAUGACUUCCAGAAACAUUUCCCUCUUAGUAGAAGACUGAG